AACUCAUUGAAUGAAAUGGUGGCUGCACAUUGGUUUGGAGUUGAAAAAAAAGCCAUGUGUUUAGAACGUCUAAAGAAUGCUGGCUUUGCUCCACUUGCUGUAUCUGUGAAUAUUGGACCAGACACAGUCCAUUAUGUUUCUGUAUUGGAGCAAAAACCAUCGUAUUAUAGUCGUAUUGGAAGAGUGAUGGUUGCCUAUAACUCAAGGAAAAAUAGCUGGCACUGUCCUUGUGCGAAGCCAUGGGCGUCUUGUAUACAUAAGAACAUAGCAAAAUGGUUUUUAUUCCAAAACAAACGCCACCUGUUCAAAUCAGUCAAAUCCACAGAACCAGUGGAGAAUACCACAAGCAGUUAUCUGGAAGAGAGAGAGUGUUCACAUGAUAGGUAUCCAGUAGGAAAAGAGUUGUUGAGAACUGCAACGUACAUUCAAAAAUUCAAGAAGUUGCCAGCAACGCUUCCCAAGGACGUAUUGACGCCAUCAUUUGAGCACAACCCUCCUAAAGAAUUUGUACCCUCUGAAAUGUUUUGCACAGAAUGCAGUGGACAAAGAGUCCUUAGUGACCCCAUUCUCAUAACAAAAAGUGCAAGACUUGUAACCCUAACACAUGUCUUUGAAGGUAAGAUAAAAAGCCAUACAGAACAAAUUCCUUGUUGUUGUGUAAUACUUAGAGUAGAAACAAAGACACAUUUUAACUAAUAUCCAUUUUUUGUCUUAAAAUUGAUUUGUGUCAAAUGUUUAGGUAUAUCAACAUUCUUUAAAAAGUGCUUCUCUUGUGGAAUGAUAUACCGAUAUCAAGAGUGGGCUGAUGGUGUACACAAUUAUGAUGACCACAUCAUUCUUAGCCUUCACUUCUGUCUGUACAUAAGGGCAUCUCUCCAGACUCACACCACAGCAGGAAGAGUUUUUGAAGCCAUGGAACUGUCACUGGGUGUGAAACUACCUCCACACAGCCGUAUACUGCAGGGAUACAUGCAUUUUGAAGCUUUGACAGACCAUCAAUACAUAUAUUCAUGUGUAAAAUGUGGCUCCAAUCCAGCCAUUGUUGUCAUGGAUCUGCAUAAGAAAGGAGUGUUCAGCCUGCCAGUUAGUGAAAUCCCUGAUCCAUCAGAUUACACUGGUAUAGUGGACAUGGAAGAAUUUUGGACUUCACUCUCUUCAGAAAUCAUUUCUGAUGGACUUAUGGAAACCUUCAAUCAGGAAACAAAGCCAUUCGUUGUACAACCUGACUACAAUAAAUGGUCACCCUGGAUUGGGCCACAAACCAGGAAAUCAAAUUUGGUCUACAACACAGAGUGGGAGAAAGUACACAAAAAACUAACAUCAUCUGAGAAGGUCAAUGUAGAAAUACCUGAAGAUAGACUUCUGGAACAAGUGAUGGCAAUGAAGGUGGAAGAGGUGAAAAAACUAUGCAAAUCUUGUGGCAUGGACUCUUCAGGAUCCAAAAUGGAUCUCAUUCUGCAGCUUCGCACAGAAAUAAAGAACCGUAGCAGCUAUGACAAAGUAUUUGCCAAAGUUUGGGGUGCCUCUGGUGGUUGGGCUACAAUCAUGUGUCCAUGUGGAAUUGUGUAUAGUUUAAAGUUCAACCUGAGAGCUGAAAGUCCAAGGGACUAUAUGGACAUGUUGAUGUCAUGGCAGCACAUUCCAAAUAUAGUAAUUUAUGAUUUUGCCCGAGGACUGGCAACUCAUGGAACUAUAAGAUUUCCAACAGCACUGCCCUUUUCUCCUCACGAGGGGAGAUUACUCAGCCCUACUGCUGAAAACAUCCAAUGUGCUAAAGAAGGGAGGCUCACAGUAAAGCUUCCAUGGUUAAUAAAGGCAAAGGAAACUCCUGAUAUAAAUGGGCAUCCAUUAACAGGAUCGUCAGAGCAUUAUGUGCUCUAUGAUAAACUGCACGAGGGAAAUACAAAGGAUGAUAAAGAUGUACUAAGGAGGAUUGAGCUCGUUCCUGAACUUGCUGGCCGUAUCAACAGUCAAGUGGUUGAACAAUUUUUCUCACAAAUGGAAAAAGACAACUAUUUCUUAAACAUGAUGAAGCCAAGUACCCAGAUUUUCUUGAUCAGAAACAUAAUCCAUCACAGAAACUCCAUCGUAAACACAGCAAGAAUGGAUAAGAUUAAGAAGAGUCUGGACGUUGAGCAUGUUACAUUGAACAAACAUGGACAAGCAGUCAUUGGUAAAAUGUAG